AGUGCAAGGAUACGAGCCGACGUCGUGUCAUUCGCUGCCAGGCUUCGGUCCGGUGAACAAGUGAUUUGUUUUAAGCACUAUUUUUCCGACCCCCAUCUGUACAUACAUAGUUUAUUGCGCAAAGUUUAAGUAUUUUAUUCGGUUCAUAAAGUGUUUAGUGUUCAUGAGAUAAAGUGGACGCCUGGCUGUUUAGUGGAUAGACAGCAUAAAGUUCGAAGAUUGAAACACGUGGAAGGAAUAGUGUGCGCGUGUGAGUGGGACAUGCUAGUAUGGCUUCAUCACAGAUCCAAGUUCGCCCACCAAUGGGACUCCUGACGACGGUGGCCGAUCUGCCGCCAAGCUUCAAGGCGCAAUAUGUUCCCACCAUCACUGUCGCCGCCAUCGCUAAGCUCACCGGCGAGUCGCCGCUCGAUUUGACGGUGAAGCAGUGCUUCGGGGGUGCGAUUACCCCGCCUUUGACGCCGUCGCCGCUGAAGAAACGCUAUCGCGAUGAGAACGACGAGAACCGCGAUGGAAAUCGGACCAAACAGAUUAAGAUUGAACCGGAGACAGUGCCGGAAAAGAGGGAAGCCACACCAGUGAAACCGGUUAAAAUCGCCGGCGCGGCUCCCAAGAGUUCAAAGAACCCUCCUCCGGUGGUUCCAAUUUCGAAGGAGCGUCGAACGAAGGCAGCCAGAAAGCUUAAGUUCGACGAAGAAACAACAUCGCCAGUGUCCGGUACGAUUAUCAUUUCGCUAGAAGAAGCCAUUAACGGCGACAUGCCUCGUGAGUCCGGUGACAUUGAUCCCCAGUUCAAUUUGGUGGAAAUAUCGGACGAAGUGCGUGCCGAGUUGGCUACCAUUCCGAACGUGAUAGGUGCCUACAAUUGCAAGUUGUGUCGGCUGGAGUUUGAGGAUGCUUUCGGUCUUGCCCAGCAUCGUUGUGCGUGUAUAGUUCUUCUGGAAUAUCGUUGCCCGGAGUGUAGCAAGCGAUUCAAUUGCCCGGCAAAUUUGGCGUCACAUCGUCGCUGGCACAAGCCCCGAGAUCAAGUUGCCAAAAAGGGCGAUGGAGACAAGGCUGACGAUUCGGAAUGCAAAUAUCGGUGUGAGCAGUGUAACAAGACCUUCAAGCGUCCGGCGUAUCUGAAGAAGCACCAGCUGACACACAACAAGGCUAAAAAUAAAUCCAAACAUAAUCAAUCAAGUGCCGAAACCGAAACAAACGCAACAAUCAUUACAGCAUCCGCCUGCUACCGGAGCAGUUCGGGUGAAGAGUCCAAUCAUUCCGCCAACAGUAGCAACACGGUUUACGUGAACCACAUGACCGAAGUACCACAAUCUGUGUUCACCGUAGUGGCCAGUGAGCCUCCGCUGCAACCAGAGCUAGUUCAUCAUAAUUACCACAUUGCUGCCAGCUGCCACGGUGGAAUGUCUCGAACAACCACCGAGCCUAGCGACGACGACAACGACGAUGAGGACGAUGACUACGAGGAGCGUGCCUUGGUGAUCAACGAGGACUACCAGGUGGACCAGGACAUGGAGGAGCAGAUUCGGUCGGCCUAUUGCGACCGCUUUACCGAGGAGGAGAACAUUGCGGCGGCAGCGCUGGCCCAUCUACGCAAUGGACCAUCGGUAAUCCGCCACACGACCGCGUUGGUCGUUUAGGUCUAGGAGAGGAACCUUUAUACUCGUAAGUUGCCUAAAAACAGUAGUUGCUUAAGUACUAUCAUUAUCAUUAUUGUAUCGUGGAAAAUGGGGGGCCCAAACAAUCAAUGGGGGGAAACAAGUGGUGGUGUUCUACUCCGAAAUUCGCUUCGCAUUCGUGUUAGGGGCUAUAAUUUAUUUAUUAUUGUACAUUUCGCGAACCACAAAUCAGCAUCACACCAAAUGAAAACUUGCAACCAAGAGCAGAAGACUGUGUGUACAUAGCUUUAUAGGGAAUAAGACUGUGGAGCCAAGCUCUGUAUUUAUGAUAAUUUUUUACAUUAGAUUUUAGGGCACCAGGAGAUGGAAGAUUCUGUGUUUUAUUAUGCAUUCGCGUGUGCUUUUUUUACGUGUCGACUAUUUGUGAACUUUUCAGGACAUUGCAGUGCACAUAAAAACAAAAACAAUUAUAAAAAAAAACAUUGCAGACAAAUUUCUGCUCUUUACAGCAUAAAAUUAUUGUGGCAAAUUAUAUUCGGAUUAUUUUUUCUAAAUCGUGACUGAAUGGUAAUAAAAUUCUACUACUCGUUAGUGCAAGUGAAUACUUUCUAAAAUUAUGUUAGCGAUUGUAUUUCUUUCAAGCAUAUUUGGUGAUUUUUCUUUAUGCUUGGGAACCGAUUUAUAACGGCAUGAUUGAAAUUUCUACGCUUUCACACUCAUUCAAUUUGAAAACAAAUACGUCAUCCAUUGAUUCUGUUAUUUUAUAAAUCAUGAGUGCUAAUUUUAAGCAAAAAUAUGCAGAAAUAUAGAAACAAAAUUCAAACCAAGCAGUAGGAAAGAUCUCCCUACAUAUACUCAUCACGUCCAACUUUCAGAUAUAACAAAAAAAAACACUUUUGUCAUUUUACGGUAUAUCAUUAGAGCUUUUCAUAAAUUUCUAAAAUUUUGGAAUUCGGACAUCUUAACUCUUGUGCAAAGUCAAGCUUUUAUUCAAAUAAUCAUCCGAAUUGACAAAAAUUCGAGCUACCACAAAUCAAACCUGUAGUAUUUUUUUUUUAUAAGUGAUUAUGUUUGAAGCACUUUUUAACUAAAUUACUUCCGACAAUAGGUUGGAGUACCCUCUUCAAAACAUGAUCAUUUUUGAAGUCUGCAACUUUGCCAAAUGCGUCUGAUUUCAAUAAAUAGGACCUUAUUCAAUAAACCAAACAUACGAUUUACAAGUUUUUUUUAAACAUUUGUAUGAAAACUAUGACUUAAGUUGCAUGAUUUUCAAAAUUUUUAAUUAAAACUGAAGAUAGUGUUGUUGGAAUUUGGGUUGACCGAAUUUUAAGAUGGAAGCAGUAGAUAAACUUUUUUGUACUAGCUUUCAACUGUUUUUCACAUAACUCAUAAGAACAAUCUAGAAAAAAAAAGUUAUUUCAUAUUGAGAUUUAGAGGUGGCCGUGGCGCAAACGCUUUUGAGUGCCAUAACUUUUUUCAAUUUUCAACCGAUUUUCAAUCUUUUUUUUCUGAAUCUCUCUCAAAUUUAUUUUAGAAUUAACUUGUAGAACAUUAUGUACAUUUUUUCCAUUUUUACCUUUUUUCUUCUUUUUACGAAAACAAAAAAACUUAAGGACCCGAUAACUUUAUAGAGCGAUUCCAAGCAACAGCAUCAAAAUUAAGGAAAUUUUUUAAUUCAUGAUUUUCUAUUGAACUGAAACUUUGCACAGUUUUUCAGUUCCAUCUAAAUCGCCAUUUUUCGAUAUCAAAUUUUUAUUUUGAAUCACGACUAACUUUUCGAAAGGGUGUAUGUGAAAAUGGUUCAAUAAUAUUCAAAAAUCUGUACAGCCAAAAUGGUUCGUUCGAUUGCUAUGAAUUUUUCAGCAAAGUUAGAUAACUAAAUGGUGAUUCCUAUGAAAAUAUACACUGUGAAAAAAACAUCUUUUUUAACAUUAAAAAUAUCAUUUUUGUCACAAAAACUCAAAUAUCUCAAAACCCUAUCUUUUUACCAACGCAAUUUUUUUAGGGAAGACGGUCCAUUGUAUUAGCAAUCUACCAUAAAAAUUUGGUGAUGGUAAACUAAUAAACAAAAAAGUUAUAACAUUUCAAACAUUUCACAAUUUUCACAUUUGGUAAAUAUUUUUUUCUGUGUAAAUUAUUUCGGUCAGAAAUCGCAGUUUGAUGCUGAUUUUAUUGUUCAGCAAAGUUAGAUAACUAAAUGGUGAUUCCUAAGAAAAUAUACACUGUGAAAAAAAAAUCUUUUUUAACAUUAAAAAAUAUCAUUUUUGUAACAAAAACUCAAAUAUUUCAAAACCCUAUCUUUUUACCAACACAAUUUUUUUAGGGAAAACGGUCCAUUGUAUUAGCAAUCUACCAUAAAAAUUUGGUGAUGAUAAACUAAUAAACAAAAAAGUUAUGCCAAUUCAAACAUUUCACAAUUUUCAGAUUUAAUAAUAAUUUUUUUUAGUGUAAAUUAGGCUAAUACAAAUUUCGAUUUUCUCUUAUGUCACCGCCCCCUCGGAAAAUUUUGGUCGGAAUUCAACAUUUUGAGGGGGGCACAAAUAAAAUGUUCAAGAAAAUCAACAAAUUUAAGGUGUAAUUCGAGUUCCACAGAAACUUUCUUAAUAAAUCCGAUGAGUUUAUCUAUGUUGCCUAAUUGUUUGGAUAUUUUUCCAUCGAAUACAUUUAUUAUUUAUCAUCCUCCCCCUUAACGAGUCAACGAGCGCUGUGACAAAAGAAGAAAAUGAGAUUUGUUCCUGCCUUUAUUUCGGCCGGAAAUCGCAGCUUGAUGCUGAUUUUAUUGUUAAUGGCCUUGCGUGAGUAAAACAAGCUGUUUUUAUUAUGUAUUAUGUAUAUUAUAUGUACAGUAAUGUUCCGAUUUUAUCACGCCCUCCGCGCAUUAGUCGUUUAUUCAUUAUUUGCUGUUACAUUUGAGGACAAGUGUUUUCUCUCUUCUUCAAAAUGAAUGUUGAAAGCGUGUUUUGCAACGUUAAAAAUAUUGAAAUGGGUAUAGAUGUUGAAGUAUAUAUCAAAGCAUUUUUGAAAAGGGGCGUGAUUAAUUGUUUAAACUGAUGUCGCUGAUGGUACGGUGACAUGACUCUCUGCACUUAGCACUUCUGGCAAUUGGGUUUUUAAAUUAAGAAAAAUGUAUUGAUUUUUCGAUUUCAUACGAAAGAGCAUCUUUUUCUGAGCCACUAUGAUUUUUUUCAGAUUUUUAGAACUUUAUUCUGAUGCCUUAAAUCAAUUUCAAAGAUAGUUUUUGAAAUCACCUCUUGACAGCUGAGCAACUGCUUGACAGCUCAGCCCAAUACAAAAUGCGACGAGGGGUGAUCCGACAAAUGGCUCCCAUACAAAUUUCAAAUUGAUUUUUAAAUAGGUUCCCGGGCACCAAAAUUCAUGAAAAUUUGGAUUUCGGCUCAGUUUGGCAUGCAGAUUCCGAAUAUGGAAUUAUCUCAACACCGCUAAAGAAGCCAAUUUCUCAGUUGUUGUCGUUUUCGAACUUCCUACGCCCUGCUUUACCGAUGAUAUACAGAUGGCUCGUUUGUCAAAGUCUAGACGACAGGACGUGCAAAUGCGUAAAUUUGGAUUCAAUUUGGGCAUAACCAGUCUCUUUCAGAUUAUCUAUGGUGCUUUCGGUGAGAUUUCGUAACUCCUUUGAUCAUUUUUUUUUUUCAUCAAACGGUCUACAAGAGAGAGUUGAGUUGAAGACCUUUGAGAAAGCGACUGUUCAUGUUGUUCGUUAGAUUAUAAUAAACAAAAUCACUUAUUAGUUUUUACUGACUAGUUUGGUGUUGUUUGCUUGGCUGAAGAAAAAAUUUACUAUUUAAUAUCCAUAGCGGUAGUAUUUUUUUUUUGCUUUUUCGUGAGCAUUGUCAUGGUAUGUAUACAGACAAACAAACGUAACACUGACGAAAUUUUCAUUGACCACGCCUUUAACGAUCAUUUUGAAUCUUGGUUGUGGCUUUCAUAACCAGAAGAGUGCCCAUCAUUUUUCUUUGCGUUUGACGUUUCACACUAGCGCCUUCUGAUGACGAUAUUGCACAUCGCAGUAUUUCGUGAAACAUUUCCACCAGGUGGGGGUAGUGUGAACUGGGCGAUGGAUUUUCACGUGGUAGGUAACUCUCAUGCAUUUGUUGUUGUUGAAGUUACUCGCAUUCUUCCGAUCAUAAGGUCUGUUCUCUAAGAGGUAUUUUUUUGAAGAUAAACUAGACGUAUACGCGUAUAUAAAACUUUUAUUAUACAGCUUUUGUCUUAAAAAUAAGUUUAAUUCCAUUUUUCUUAUAAUCAACAGCUUUUCAACACUAUCAAGGGAUUUUUUCACCAGUCACGUACAAUAAAAAGUAUGACACUCUCAAUAUUUUUGAUCAAAACACUGGAUCGCGUCUAAGUUUCAAAUAGAUACUAUAGAAAUUAUGAAUAAUCAAACAAAAGUAUCAUGAAAACAACUUGUUUAAUUCAGGCGGUAGCCUUUACAAUAAAAUCAGCAUCAAAAAAUAAUUCUCAAAAUAAUUUACACAGAAAAAAAAAUUUUUUUGUUACUAAAUGUAAAAAUUGUGAAAUGUUUGAAAUGUCAUAACUUUUUUGUUUAUCAGUUUACCAUCACCAAAAUUUUAUGGUAGAUAGCUGAUAUAAAGGGCCAUUUCCCCUAAAAAAUUAACGUUGGUAAAAAGAUAGGGUUUUGAGAUAUUUGAGUUUUUGUGACAAAAAUCAUAUUUUUUUUAAGUAAAAAAAUAAAUUUUUUACAGUGUAUAUUUUCUAAGGAAUCAUCAUUUAGUUAUCUAACUUUGCUGAAAAAUUCAUAACAAUCGAAAAAUCCGUUUUUGCUGUACAGCUUUUAGAAUAUUUUUGAGCUGUUUUAGCAUACACCCUUCUGAAAAGUUAGUCGUGAGUGAAUAUGAAGGUUUGAUAUCGAAAAAUGACGAUUUAGAUGAAAUUGAAAAACUGUGCAAAGUUUCAGAUAUUUUUGAAAUGGUCGCUCAGGAUCGACUGACAUGACUCCGUGGAAUUCCUCUAUAACUUUAGAACCGCUUGACCAAUUUCAAAUCUUUUAGCGUACUGUCGUAGUUUUUUAGGCCGUUACUAAUAUUUAUUUCACUUUUUGUCCCACCACUCAUUGGCUGGUCGAAGAGGAAGGGGUAAAAAUAAAAAGCAUUUAAUUUGAAAAAUACUAAAAACUCAUUUGUUAAAGAAUUUUCUCCAAAGCCCGAUAUUUCCAUAAAUAUUUUUAUUUGCUCCUCAAAAUGCAAAAUCCAGCAAAAAAGUCAAUAUUAAAUUUAUAUCAGCCUUAUUGACUAAAUAUGUCCUGAACAAAUUAUUCGUGGUUAAAGUAUUUAUUUUUAUGAUACUUUAUACCAAAAACUGCCAAAACACGCCUUAAAAUUUUAUUUUUACAUGUAAUUUAGGACAAUUUUUGGCAGAUUUUACUUGGAACACUCUAAAAAUUUAAGUAAUGCUUCCAUAUGAUCAUUUAGAAUAUAUUUAAGUUCAAAACUAUGCAUGAAAACAAUCAAAAUCUUGCCGAAAUUCUCAUUUUUCUUGUAAAAUAUGUGUUUCUGAACAUUUUUUUUUUAAUAUUUAUCCAUGUUGUAACCAUUUUUAAAGGUACAGUUUACUCACAACAUUCCUAGGCAGCAAAGCAUGCUAAAAGAUUGAAAUCGGUCGAGCGGUUCAAAAGUUAUCGGGCCCUAAAGUGUUUUUUUUUGUAACGAGGAGAAAAAAGUAAAAAUAACCCAUUAAACCUCAUAUUUUGCGUGACUUUGGAAAAAAAAUGUUUUACCAGUUGACUCAAAAAUUAACUUGAAAAAAAAAACAAAAAAAAUAAAUAUAUAAAAAUAGAAGAAAACAAUAAAAUAUAAAAGAGAGAGAUUCAUAAAAAGAAAACCGGUUUAAAAUUGAAAAGGUUAUGGCACUUAAAGUAAAAGCACCUUUUUAUUACUCGAAAUUUCAACUUUCAGGCGUUUGUGCCAGCUGUAAAUCUCAAUAUUUUUAGUUCAUUUGAAUUCAAAAGAGCUUACGUACAGGUUUCAACAACUUUUCAAAAAUAAGCUGCAGCCUACUGUGCAGCAUAAUUAUCUUUAAAUUUCUUCCUUUAGUAUGAGCUUGUAGGGGUGGUGGGGGUAAAGUGGACAACCUAAGCAUUUUGGUCGUUUCCCACGGAAAUGAACAAGUCGUUAAAAGUUAUAUAACAGCAAAUUGUUGCUAUGUUUUUAAAUACAAACUAUCAAAUUUCAUACGAUACCUUUAUUUUGUUGUUUUCAAACUUUUAAAACAAACUUUGAAACACACUUAAAUAAUUAUUGUAAAAAUAGUGUAAAAAAUAAGCACUGUUUUGGAUGAAAAUUAUAUUUUGUUGAUACAAUAUAUUUUUUUAUAACUUUUUACUUCAACUAUCUCACGAUAGGUAUGACGGCUGAUGAUUCUGAAGUUUGCAAAAAGAAAAAUGAAAUUUUGGUGAAAUUUGAACCAAUUGUCCAUUUUACCCCCACGGUCUGAUUGUGUUAAAAACAAUUUCAAAACUUUUUUUUAUCUAAAACUUAUUUUUUUUUUGGUCAAAUAUAUUCUUCUACGUGGACUUUAUUGGUUUAGGGUGUAAAACUUGUAAUAAUUUGAAAAUAAUUUACGAGAAAACUUUAGCAAUUAUAAGCAGAUUUUACAUCAUUUCCAAUUUUUCACGUGAUUUUUAAAGUUUUUGUCAUCUUGAAGAGGUUUAUUUGAUUUUAAUGUUCAAGAUUAGCAAAAGUAUAAUGAUUCAUGCUUAGGCAUAAGCUUCAAUCGUUAAAACAUUUUGAAAGCAAUAAAAGCCAUGAAACUGUACCCUGUCUAUUUUACCCCACCUGUCCACUUUACCCCCACCACCCCUAGAUCAUAUUUUUCUUCUUUUUACUCAGAUUUUUAAAUUUACCGAACCGCAAUUUUUCAUCUGCACAACCAGUUAUAAAUAUUUUAGCAUAAAUACUUACCAAAAAAUGUUUAUGCUAAUACUUACUUACCAAAAAAUGUUUAUGCUAAUAUUGUAAUCUUUUUAUGCUUCUUUAAAUUGUUUCGAAAAUACUAACAAUCAAGUUUUCUGCUAAAUUGUAAUUGUUUUUGUGAAUAAUUUCAAGAAUAAAUUUACACACUUAUUCUAAAAAACAUAGAAAUUUUUAAGUGAAUGUAGUCCACCCAAAACUCUAUCAAAAAAAUGUUAAUUUAACCUUGAAAACCGAUUUGAGGCAGUGUUUAUACUAUGUUUUAGAUUACAAUGAUGAUGAAUGCUGGAAUGAAGCUAUUGUUUAGCACUUUUCCAGACAGCAGAUUUUUCCUUGAAGGUAUGCUAAAGAAUUUGAAAGUAUUUUAGCAGAUCAUAAGUUAUAGCGAAGUUUAAAUUUUGAGU